UACUUUUCCAUCGGAGGGCGGAGUCGGAAGGAAAGGACCAACCCACGAACCUCUCUGCUCCGUCUCCAAGGUUCCCACGGAACCACACGUAGGAGCGUCUUGUAGCCUGCGGGACGACCCGAGACAUCGGAAGUGAAGGAUCUGCCAUCGACUCAAGCUGCGUGUUUCGAGUACCGAUUUGCAGAAAGAUUGCAAGAUAGGUGGCGGGUUAGAGACAUAACUGCAGCCACCUUGGCGGGACCCUCCAGCCCACAGCUAACAGGUUUCGUGGACCUAGGGGUUCGAUUCCGAUAGACGUCUGCUACCGGAAACGGAAAGCCUUGGGCAGGCUGGAGAUUGGACGCGGAGCCGGAAGCGGAAGCUGGAAGUUGCUUUCGGUGGCUCCGGGUAUGGCCGAGGUGGUGGCUGUCUCGACCGAAUCCCUCGCGGGAGGCAGGGCGCGGGCGGCGCGCACUGUGCUAGGUCAGGUGGUGCUGCCGGGUGAGGAACUGCUGCUGCCAGAGCAGGAGGACGCAGAAGGCCCAGGCGGUGCUGGAGAGCGACCGCUGCGCCUAAAUGCGGGGGUGCGCUGCCGGGUGCGUGUAGUGUGCGGCCCCGGCUUGCGGCGCUGUGGCGACCGCCUCCUGGUCACCAAGUGCGGCCGCCUCCGUUACAAGGAGCCCGGCGGCGGCGGCGGCGGCGGCGGCGGCGUUUACUGGGUGGACUCGCAGCAGAAACGGUAUGUUCCAGUGAAAGGAGACCAUGUGAUUGGCAUAGUGACAGCUAAAUCUGGAGACAUAUUCAAAGUUGACGUUGGAGGGAGUGAGCCAGCUUCUUUGUCUUACUUGGCAUUUGAAGGUGCAACUAAAAGAAACAGACCAAAUGUGCAGGUUGGAGAUCUCAUCUAUGGCCAAUUUGUGGUUGCUAAUAAAGAUAUGGAACCAGAGAUGGUCUGUAUUGACAGCUGUGGACGAGCCAAUGGAAUGGGUGUGAUUGGCCAGGAUGGUCUGCUUUUUAAAGUGACUUUGGGCUUAAUUAGAAAGCUGCUGGCUCCAGACUGUGAAAUCCUACAGGAAGUGGGAAAACUCUACCCACUGGAGAUAGUAUUUGGAAUGAAUGGAAGAAUAUGGGUUAAGGCAAAAACCAUUCAGCAGACCUUAAUUUUGGCAAACAUUUUAGAAGCUUGUGAACAUAUGACAUCAGAUCAAAGAAAACAAAUCUUCUCCAGACUGGCAGAAAGUUAGAUGGAAUUUUUUAUGGGUCAGUUGACCUAAGAGACUAUGGGUUUCCUAGGGAAAAUUUUUUUCAGGUGAACCUCUCUCUCCCCAUUAAACCUUCAGAAGGCAAAAUGUGAAUGUACACAUUGUGUUAUUAAAGUCCUAAAUAAAAUAUUUUUAUAAAUAUGUUACUAGUUGCCACCCUUGUUCUUGUGGGUGACAAAAAUCAUUAUAAAAUAAUGCAUUUUUUCUUUACAGUAAAGUUUACUAAAAGCAUUAUGGUUUAUUUGGUGUUAACUCCUUUAGUUUUGCUGAAGUGCAGCUUUUAUAAUAAACUGGAAGCAUUAAAAUAACAAUUAUUUUCUGAUAAAAGUAAAACAUGUUCAACAUAGAAAAUUAGAAUACAUAGACUAUAAGAAGCAAAUGCACUAUAGACAUAGUGUAUGUGAAUAUUUUUUAAAUUGAAAUUAUAGGAUUAUACUUUAUAUACUACUUUGUAAUCUACUUAGUCCACUUCAACCAACAUUUAAUGUAUUUCUUACAUGAUUGCUAUUAAAAACGAAAUCGUUCCAGAAUA